ACAGCACAGCUCUGGUUUUGGCAUGCAAUCCUGGAUUUUCCUUCUCCGGCGCCCUCUGGUGUCUGUAAUGUAAUCUUUUGACAGCCUGCUUAUCCAGUUGCCUGACUGAAGCAGAGCCAAAGACCUGCCCAUUUAUGACAUCACCUCUUUAUUCAACCACUGUUAGGUGAAAGCUUUAACUUCAGACUUCGGAGGUGGGCUGUGUGCACGUAACUGGAAUGCUUCCCCCCUCACUCCUCCUCAGUGAGGGAGAAGUGAUUUGACAUAGCGAGAGCUCAUACAAUAGCUGCUGCUGCUGCUGCUGCUUUUGCUGCUGCUUUUUGUCUGUGGAAUCUGAAACUGAGGGUUUUAUAACCGUUACUGGAAUUAUUGCUAUUGUGCAGUUAUAAAUGGAAUUUCUUUAUAGAUACAUAUUUUCUACUUCAUCCUAUUGGCACCAACUGAAUGAAAUGUUAGAAAGGAAACCCUGUCACUGGUAUUAGCAUGUUUUGGUUUCCCCAAGAAAAGCCUGUGAAUUAAAACAAAAACCAUCUGAAGUGAGCACCUGGCAUUUUCAGACAGAAUGAGGAAAUAUGCUGAGCUGGAAAUUCUGAUCAAGCACUAAGUGAAUGGUGCAGCCCAGCAGGCAUGGAUUUAUCAGGAAACAUCGACAUUCAAAGUUUAUAGUUGGAUGAUUGUGGAAAGAAAAAAAGAAGCUAUCAUGAUUCAAGCCUUAACAUCACGAAUUGUUUUGAGCACAUGGAGCUGAAGUUACCAUCUCUAGCCACAACAUUAUGUAAAAGAACUUCUAAGCAUUCGAGAAUUUUUUUUGUUAAAGAAGUUGUUCACACACACUUGGGGGUAAAAGGAGAGAGAGAAACCUCUUCCCUCUUCUUCAAAGUCUCAUUCCUGCAGAGUAACAGAAACUAAAGCUUUUAUCUUCAACAGCCUGAUGUGCUUAUUUACCAUGAUGAUGAAACUUUAUUGGAAUGUUCAUUGAACAUAGUGGAACUCACCAGGAAAGAUAUUAUACUCUCAAGCAUCAUUUAAGUAACUACUGUGAAGUACAUACAGCUGCGUGAACUAAACUAUAAAUUUCUCCAAGCCAACUUGGUUUCUAGAAAAUCGUAUGCCAACUGGAUAUUAGCAAGCACAAAAGGUUCCCUCGCAUCUUUAAAUAAGGUAGGUUCCAUAACAAAAUAUUAUUUUCGAAAGUGGAACAAUUAAGUUCCACAAGUCACGAAAGUAAACCAUUGCAAUGAUCACAUUCUACAGGUAAAAGAGAACUAAAAGUUAACAACACAGAAGAAAGCACUGCCAAAGUAAUAUUUUUUAAAAUGUGUUAGUAUGACAAAUUAAUUAAAUAGACAGUGGCAAAGCUAAGGAAACUAUGCAUCCUUAAAGUAUUGUCAAAUAUCAGGUAUUAAAACAUAGUAUGUUUAAUGAGUUACUCCUCCUAAUUACCUCAACCGGUAUUGCUCCAACAGCAAGAUAAGUUUUUUAUUGCACGCCAGUUCAUUUUGUUGGAAAACAAAAUAGUUUCAAAAACUUGUUUUGUUUCUUUUUAAUAUUACAAAGCAAUAGAAAAAAUAAUCCUUAUGAUAUAAUAUAUAGAUAUUCCAUACCUUAUUUUAUUUUAUAUGACUAAGGAAAAUCAUUAGUAUCCUGAGGCUGCAAUCCUACUCCCACCUACUUGGAAUUUACCUGAGUAUGCAUGGUUAGGAUUUCAGCCUAAUCCAUGAAGUAAUAUACAAGCAAUAUUGAAAUAACUGAUUAUAUUACAUUUCAAGAGGUUUGUGCAAACUUUCAUGUCUCUAGUAUUACUAAGCUGGCAAUUCUGUUUAAAAUGAAAAUUCUGUCACUAUGCCAUCUACUUGAGGCAGAAGUAAAGAGAAAUCUGUUCUAUAUUUAAGCUUCCACUUAGGUUUAACUCCUUUAUUGUACUUCCAGUGGAAUAGUUGGAGACAGAGAACACAUUUCAUCACUGUUCAUUAUUAGUUACCAUGCAGUGUGCCCUGUCUGAUUAUUCACUCAGUAUUCAUAUUUCAGAAAAAAACAGUGAUUUCUAGUCACUCACUUUACCAACAAAAUAGGAGUCUAAGGAGAGUUUGAAUACUUAAAAGAUGAAUUUCAGUAUCAUAAUGUGCUAAAAUACUGAAUUUAGGUUCCAUUGUGCCAUCUUAUGAGUACUCAAAUUCAAACGAUUGUGGGGUGAACUGUGUACAUGCAGAAGGUUACUGGAGUUUCUUUAAAAAAGAAAAGUUCCUAUGCCAGCAGAGCAAGCAACUACCAUCUAUGGUGUAGUGCAACAAAAAGAGGAGGGGACCUGGGGAAACAAACCCCUUAGGGAGCUUUUUGGGUGGGGAUGCCAAAUAAUGCCUUCUUAUGCAAGAAACAGAUUUGGACAAAUAUUAUUGACAAAUACUUCUCUCACUCAAACCUCAUUUAAGAGUCAUGCCUACGUGUAAUUGUAAAUACUAGGCAGGAAUUUUAGGUGGCGAUCCCAUACACAUGUAUAAGGAAGCAAUCCCCAUUUAACACACUAUGACUUUCAUCUUCAAUGAAACAUACAUAGGACUAUGCUGUUAGAUAUGUUGUUUUCAUUUCAAAGUGAUACUUCACUGUACUCUACUAUUAAUCUGAUUUUUCCCCCCUAGAUUGCUGAAAACCAAACACUAGUCUCUCGGAAAACCUCAUUGCAACUUGACCAUGAUCAGUGCAACCUGGAAUUUCAUCCUAAUUUGGACAAAGAUUGGGCUUUUGCUCAAAAUGGCACCUCACUUUGUCAGUGCCAAGUCCUGCCCUUCAGCAUGCCGCUGUGAUGCAGGAUUCAUUUACUGCAAUGAUCGCGACUUGACAUCAAUUCCUACUGGGAUUCCAGAGGAUGCUACAACCCUUUACCUUCAGAACAAUCAAAUCAAUAAUGCUGGAAUUCCUUCUGAGCUAAAAACCUUGAUCAAAGUGGAGAGAAUUUAUUUAUACCACAACAGCUUGGAUGAAUUCCCUACCAACCUCCCAAAGUACGUCAAAGAAUUGCAUUUGCAGGAAAAUAACAUAAGGACAAUUACUUAUGAUUCACUUUCACAAAUUCCUUAUCUAGAAGAAUUACAUUUGGAUGAUAACUCUGUUUCUGCAGUUAGUAUUGAAGAUGGAGCAUUCCGGGAUAAUAUCUAUCUUAGACUUCUUUUUCUUUCUCGAAAUCACCUUAGCACCAUUCCCUGGGGCUUGCCUAAAACAAUAGAAGAACUGCGCUUGGAUGAUAAUCGCAUUUCCACAAUUUCGGAGCUGUCCCUUCAAGACCUUACAAAUCUAAAACGUCUAGUUUUAGAUGGAAAUCUCUUAAACAAUCAUGGAUUAGGCGAGAAGGUCUUUAUGAAUCUAGUCAAUUUAACAGAACUCUCAUUGGUCCGUAAUUCCCUUACAGCAGCUCCAAUAAAUUUGCCAGGCACAAAUCUGAGAAAGCUUUAUCUGCAAGAAAACCAUAUAAAUCGUGUAUCAGCUCAUGCUUUUGCGUACCUACGACAGUUGUAUCGGCUAGAUAUGUCCAAUAAUAAUCUCAGUAAUUUACCUCAGGGUGUCUUUGAUGACCUGGACAAUAUAACCCAAUUGUUUCUUCGCAACAACCCUUGGUACUGCGGGUGCAAAAUGAAAUGGGUUCGUGACUGGUUGCAAAUGCUGCCUCUCAGAGUUAAUGUACGUGGACUGAUGUGUCAAGCCCCAGAAAAAGUUCGUGGGAUGGCUAUCAAAGACCUCAAUUCAGAGCUAUUUGAUUGCAAAGAUGAGGAGAUUGUAAGCACUAUCCAAAUUACUGCUUCAGUACCAAACACUUUAUACCCUGUGCAGGGACACUGGCCAGUUUCUGUGACCAAAUCACCUGAAAUGAAGACUCCUAAUCCACAUAAAAACUACAGAACAACUGCUACCCCAGUACAGGAAAUCAUUACCAUUGUUGUAAAGGCUGUAAGCACCGAGACUAUUCAUAUUUCUUGGAAAGUUGCACUACCCAUGACUGCUUUAAGACUCAGUUGGCUCAAGAUGGGUCAUAGCCCUGCCUUUGGAUCUAUAACUGAAACAAUUGUUACAGGAGACCGGAAUGACUAUCUGCUUACAGCACUUGAGCCAGACUCACCAUACCGUGUAUGCAUGGUUCCCAUGGAAACCAGUAACAUCUAUCUGUCUGAUGAAACCCCUGUUUGUAUAGAGACUGAAACUGCACCCCUUAAAAUGUACAAUCCUACAACCACCCUAAACCAUGAACAAGAAAAAGAACCAUACAAAAAUUCUAGUUUGCCCUUGGCUGCCAUCAUAGGGGGUGCCGUGGCACUAGUAGCUAUAGCUCUGUUGGCUUUAGUCUGCUGGUAUGUCCAUAGGAAUGGGUCCUUGUUCUCGAGAAACUGUACGUACAGCAAAGGACGUAGGAGGAAAGAUGAUUAUGCUGAAGCUGGAACUAAGAAGGACAAUUCUAUCUUAGAAAUCAGGGAGACUUCUUUUCAGAUGAUAUCUCUGAACAAUGAACAAGUGUCCAAGGAGGAAUUUGUAAUACAUACCAUAUUCCCACCUAAUGGGAUGAAUCUAUACAAAAACAACCACAGUGAAAGCAGCAGUAACAGAAGCUACAGAGACAGUGGUAUACCUGAUUCAGAUCACUCACACUCAUGAUACUAAAGGAAAUUAAAGACUUGUGGUGGUUUCUUUUUUCCCUUCUCACAAAAAAUGGCAACUUGAAAAGGUUGCUGGCCUACUGCAGAACACUGGAUUAAAAGACUGAAUAAGCAAUGUAUUGUACAUUUGCCAUAUAAUUUAUAUUUAAGAACUUUUUAUUAAAAGUUUCAAAUUUUAGGUGACUGCUGCGAUUAAUGUAGCAAGGAUGCCUGGAAACAAUUCUAUAUUUUAGUAUUUUUUAGUAAUUUGUACUGUAUUUUCCUUGCUAAUAUUGAAAUUACAGACCAUUUAACUUUUGUGUUCUACUGAGUAAGAUGACUUGUUGACUGUGAAAGUGAAUUUUCUUGCUGUGUUGAACAAUCAGGACUUUGCAUACAUUUGAGAUCCUUGUAAGUAUAAGCACAGGCCAUUUUCACUUUGGUAUUCGUAAAAGGUUAAACCUGGCAAACUGAAAAUGUUCAGAAGUGACUGCGAAAUUGAUCACAAUACAAUCUUGGGUAUAUGAAAUACAUAAAACAACUAAAAACCUAAUGUGAAAAGUAGUGGGCAAUACCAGUUACUUAGCUAUAUCUAGUUUUGUAAGUAAAAGGAUACUGCAGCAGACAGCUGUUGUCCAGGUAAGGCAGAUGAAACAAGAAUAAAGCACAUACUGUAUUACUGAUCUAAAUGCAUAAAAGCAGGGUCAGCUCUUAUUUUUAUGAAAAAUAAAAUCUAAGACUACCCUAAACAUAUAAAUGUCCAAACCUAAAUUUAUUCCUCAUUCUAUAAAAAAACUUGUAUAAUUGCUAAUUGCAGUUCUUCUAAUGUCAUGAAAGCAUAUGCAAUUAAAUGUAUACUAUACAUAUUUCAACUGCCAUUGAGAAUAUUGCCCAUUGCUAUCACAGUUAUCUGAAUAUUAACAAACACACAAGUGAAGAUACUUUGAUCUGGCUUUCUACUUAGUUGUGAUCUAUUUAAUGUUUAAUACCCAAGACAUUUUGUUGCCAUAACUAUUAUUCCCCAAAUGAAAACCAAAGUGCAUUGAACGCCCUUUGGCCAGUCUUGUAUGUGCCUUGAUCGAAAGUUAUAUGUGUUCCGCUUUUAACUGGGAACAAACUUUUCACACACAUACACUUAAUUAUGGAAAGAUAUUGGUCUUAAUGCUGAAUAAAAUAUAAAAUGAAGUAUCAUAAACUAAGUGCUCUUCUUAACCUCUUUAGACACACACACACACACACACACACACACACACACCAAUUGAAUAUUUAGAAUGUUUCUGCACUAACUCCAUCUGGGAGGUAAAACCUGAAAUUUCUUCCUAGUUCAACCAAACAUGAUAGGAUAUAACAAAUACUUUUCUCCUGCCACAGCUAGAAUAUUACAGAAUAGAAGGAGGGACGUUAAAGUAGAUACAACUAGGUAAUUAAAGUAUAAGGAGACAGUUUUCUCAGGAAUUCUUUUACUAGAGUGAGGAAUGGCUAUAGAUAUAGGACAGCAUUGAUCUUGAAAUUAUUGAAAUUGUUAACUGGAUUAUCUUCUACAUUUACAUGAUGAUUCUGCAAUGAUUUUAAAGUGUGUGAUUUGGGGGAGGUAAGACAAACAUGUCUGUAUUUUUGGCAGAGCCAGGCCAGCCAUAGAGGCAGACUGGGUAGUCUCCCAGUGCAGCACAUUUAAAGGAGGGCAAACCAUGUCACAACAGCAGAUUGACCUUGAGACCUCAUUAUGUUUCUAGUAUAUCUGCAUCCCAGCACGAACUGAAAGUCCACAAUGAAGUCCUCCAUAACAUGGGAAUCUAGGGAACAUAAUUGUUUCACAUGGAGAAGUCCUCGUCCUGCCUCCCCAAGGACAGAAAAAAAUUAAGACCUGGGCUGCCCCAUUCCUGCAACUGUUCUACAAGUCUGAUUCUACAAAUAUGUUGUGGCAAUAAUACUUCAUAUAUUUUUGAGCUCUAAUGCUUUUAAACAGGGGUUCCCAAACUAAGGCCCGGGGGCCAGAUGCGGCCCAAUCACCUUCUAAAUCCGGCCUGCGGACGGUCUGGGAAUCAGCAUGUUUUUACAUGAGUAGAAUGUGUCCUUUUAUUUAAAAUGCAUCUUUGGGUUAUUUGUGGGGCAUAGGAAUUCGUUCAUUUCCCCC